UUUUUAACCCCCUGCAUGCACACAUGUAUGUAUACUCAUGUUUUAUAAAUAAAAAUAUCUUUUACCUUUUACUUUUCUUUUUGUCUCCUGUCAACUUUGGAUUGUGUCAAUUUAUGUAUGCAUAUUUUGUUGUCUUCUUGUCUUGUCAAAGUUGUCUAACUUGUGAGUUGUCGCUUGGAAUGCUUGGACUAAAAAAACCACAAGAAACCGCUUAAAAAACGCUGUCUGUUUUUCUAACAGAAUUCCACAUAAGUUGUUGGAAAAGUAGUGUUGCCGAUUAAAAACAAUUCAUACACAAUGGCGACUGAAGUGAUGAAAGUUGAGGUAGAGUUGGAGACGUGUUGUAUUUGCGGCACCGGCGGUGAACUGCUAUCGCCAGAAGAACAUGAUGCUGGUGCUCUACCAAUGCAGGUGCCGCUGCGCACGAUGCUGUUACACCUCAACUCCAAUAAGGUGGUACCAGAGGGACGGCUAUGUAGUAGCUGUAUCCGGCGUACCAUGGAGUCCUAUGAAUUUAGCACUGCAAUCUCUGCUAGAGGUGUUCCACCUCUGAGUGAAAAGAUAAGGGCUCUGCGUAGAAGAUUGCAUGAGUUGACACAGAAGAUUGAUGUCUUUAUAGUAGUGGGUGGUGCUGGAGCAGGAGGUACUUAUUCGGAGGAAGACAUCAUCAUGGUGGAGCGUGACACCUUGGCGGCAGCUGCUGCAGCUGACGAUGAGGACUUGGAGCGUGCUCGCAAUGCUAGGGGAGACUCCGUGUAUCAGUGCUCUGUGUGCCCGCAGUCUUUCCAACGCGUGUCGGAGUACCGCGCGCACGCGCGCUCGCACCCGGCGGACGCGCUGCACUCGUGCUGGACGUGCGGCGCCAUGUUCGCGUCGGGCGCGGCGCUGCGCGCGCACGCGGCGGGCGCGUGCGGCGCGGGCCCCGCGUGCGCGCUGUGCGGGCGCGGCGCGGCGGCGCGCCACGCGGCGGGCUGCCGGCCGCGCUGCCCCGCGUGCGGCGCGCUGCUGGCGUCGCGCCAGGCGCUGGCGGCGCACGCGGCGGCGGCGCACGGCAAGGCGGCGCGGCCCCCGCACGUGUGCGCGGCCUGCUUCCGCACGUGCGACACGCCCGAGCUGCUGAGCGCGCACCUGCUGCGCCACCGCCAGGCCAAGCAGUUCGUCUGCGGCUACGACGGCUGCAUCCUGCGCUUCGCCACCAGAAAUAACCUGAUGUCUCACAUCCGUAAGUGCCACUCGGGAGCAGUGGAGGUUGCCGCAGCGAACGACGCGAGCGCGGCCGAGCCUGAGCCCGAACCCGCCGCACCCGUCACCACCUGCGACACCUGCGGCCGCACGUUCGGGUCGGCGGCGGCUAUGAAGCGUCACGCGCGCGUGCACCGCUCCACGCGCCACGCGCCGCAGCCGCUCGCCCUGCAGGAGGAGGCCGCGGAGUGGGGCGACGAUGCGGAGGGCGAGGUGGAGUACCUGGAGGUGGACGAGCUGGACGACGCCGACUACGCGCACGACGCCGAGCAAGACGCCGACAUGAACUGAACUCCAUCCUACUUCAUACAUAUCAUUCACGUGGAUGUUAGGCUGGUUUCACAGGACCUCGGGAACCUCUGGGCUGACUGGAGUUCCCAGGAAGGAGACACGUGAAGCGCCAGAACAUCAUUGUGACGAGGGUUGUUCCAAUUGCUAUCCACUCCACGUUGAUCCCGUACUCUACCCUUACACAGGACCGUGGAUAUAUGGAUCGGCUUCCAUGGGCCGGAUCGGGAGCUGUGAAAUCAGCCUUAUUCCACCAAGCAUGAGUAGAUAGAACUUCAAAUUAUUGACUUUAACAGACCUUUAUCACAUACAUUACGACGAUUUUGACUUAAGGGUUUUAUUAACGAUUAUUUCACGAUAUGAGUAUGAAAGCUUAGUGCCUGAUUGAAAUGAAGAGAAUAAGGCUAAUUUAUUGAGAAGUGUUAAGAAAAGAUAGCAUUUAAAACUAAGACAUUAAAUACUUAUGAUACUUUUGUGAAAUAGCUGUUUCAUGUAAAAUUAUCUAAAUUCAUAUUGAUUUAAGAUGUAUCUUAGUCCAUUAUUAUAAAAUUGUGUUAUAA